CCCCCUCCCACCCGCCUCUCUCUCCCGCCGUCCCCGCCCCCGCCUGCCCGCCAUCCCGCCUCCCCCGACGACGACCCGCGCGCACAUCUCAGUUCUCUCGUCGACUUGAACGAUCAUCUGCGACCGCCGCCAUGGAUCGGCUCUGCAAUGAGAUCUUGCAGCUCGUCUUCUUCGAGCUCGACGACCCGACGCCGCUCAUCGCCUGCUCGCGGCGCUACCUCACCUUUUCGCAAGACCCCUGGAUCCGAGCGUCCUACUUCCUCUCGCGCUACGGACGCAUCCAGGCCUUCUAUUACGCCUUCAGCCGCGGGAGGAUCCUCACCCCGGCCGUGAUUGAUGUUAUGCUCUCGAGCGGCGCGCUCCUGUCUCGGUACAUGAUCCAGCUCGCCACGCACCACUAUUACCGCACCGCCGUGUCCUUCAUCAAGUCCAAUUGGGUCCGCACCAUGCCCUUCCCGCACUGGGCGCACCUCAACGUCGUCGCCGCCCGUCUAUACGGCGACAUCCCCGUCCAGAAGCCUCACGAGCACGACGGCAAUAUCUUUAUCAACUUCAUCAAAGAGAGCCGGUUCACACCCGAAUCGAGGAGCGUGGCGGCGGAAGAUAUUAGGGAUAUCUUGGAGAAGUACAAGUUCAUCCCCUUUGCGCAUAAGGACCCGCUCAUGUCGCAGUUCCCUCUCGCGCUCUCGAUCGAGCCGAACCUUCUGCCCUUAGCACGGGCCAACGGGUUCCGGCUGGAUAGCAAGUAUCGCGAUUUCGUAUUCCGCAAGAUGUUCGAGAAGCGGGUCGAGACGCCGCAGUCCAGCGGCAACUUUGCAGAUGAUAUAGCUGGCCACGUCCGUGACCUGUGCAAGCUCGAUCCGUGCAUGUUUUUGAGCCGCACCGUGGCUGCCGAGGUCUGCAUGGAGGCGCCGGUGAACGAGCACGCGUAUAAGGCGCUCAAACAGCUCGACAAGUCGGGCGAUCUCCGCUUCGAGCUCUCCGGCCUCGUCGAAGACCUGCUCAAGCUCUUCCUGAACACGCGAUCGAUCACCUCGCCCGUGAUCCACACCGUGAUCCGCGCGCUCUACGCCGACUUCCCUUCGACGGACCCGACCGUGCGCCAGGUGAUACUCCUCACCGUCUUCCUAUCGGACACGUACACCAUGAACGUCGGCACGGCCAACUUCAAGUUCAAGCUCGAGCAGCUCGGGCUGCUCCCGAUCACGCGGAAGGACAUCGUCGACGUGCUGUGCAGCCCGUUCGUGGAGAAGUACACCGCCAUCGUUCAGUUCGGCAAGCAGCUGCUUGAUUGGAAGAAGGAAGACAUGGACGAGCUUGUGGAGGAGGUCGCGAUCAGGUGCCUCGAGAUAGGGAGCAAGGGUAAGAUGCUCAAGAGGCUCGUAGACCAGUAUCCGUUCCUCUCCACUGCACUUGCGUCGGCCGCCGUCGAGCGGUAUCAACUGUCUGUCGAAGAGCUCCCAUCGACCGACGAUUUGGCUGCGUGCCGCGCAUAUCGCGCCCCCCUUUGCCGCGAUUACAUCGCCCCACGGAUGUUUGGGGGCGAGGGCGCGCCGCCGUCGACCUCGGAAGAGACCCUGCGCGCCGCGGCGAGCAUACUCGAGGUCGAUAACCUCGCCACGGCGUACCUCGAUGGCGGGAACGAGCCGGAGCCGGAGGACGCGGCCGGGGAGGAUGAUCUGGGUACGAUCAGCCAGGACACGCUGUCGGUGAUGAUACGCGCCGACGAGGCCCAGCCCCAACGGUCGCGCCGACGGCGGUACUUCUGGGAGUACAGCUUUGGGGAUAUACACAACAAGCUGCGGUACCCUCCAGACGCUACCCAAGUUGGCAAAUGGGUCACGCAGCAGUACCACAUGCGAAGUGCGGUUGUCGCGACCUUUUUAACGCAUGCGAUCGUCAAUAAUAACGUGACGUUGUUGCAGCACUACAUCGGCACAUCGACCACGCCUGGGCUCAACGCGCUCCCCGUCACCCUCAAGCACUUCAAGGUCCUCGCCCGACUGGGGCGGCAAGUAAAUCCGCUACUGUUCGUGCAAAUCGAGCGCGGCGCCGAGUUCUUUUUCUCCGAGGAGGACUACCUCCGCGCGGAGGACGGCGGGGGCUCGUCGUCCCGGGAACAAACCACGGUCAAGGCCGAGUCGGGCACGGAGGCGGCCGCAGCGGCCAGCGGCAGCCCGGUCUCCUCCCCCCGUCGUAGCAGUGCGCGCAAGCGCCCGCGCCGGUCCGCGGCAGCGUCGAUCAAGUCGUACGCCGAGCCGGGGUCGGACGACGAGACGCUGGACGGUUUCGAGGUGGACGAUUUCGUGGACCUGCGGACGACGCUGGCGAAGAAGAGCAGGAAGAUGGAGGAUCACUUGCAGAAGUGGGUCAAGCACUUGACGCUCCUGCAAAAGGAGGAGCAGAAGAAGUACAACGAGAAACGAAAACGGCUGGAGAAGGAGGCGGGAUUCAAGCCCCGCAUGCAGAAGAACGAGUUUAUGAGGACGCUGGCGCUCUGCCUUCGAGAUCUGCGCAAGAUCGAGCAAGCGAAGCGACAGACCCUGCACGGCCCCGACGCCGAACACCAGAAUUACAGUGACGGCGAGGACGACGAGUAUAAGGUGCGGGGCAGGAAGCGCAAGACUCGAGCGUGAACUCCGGGCCCUCCCUCCCCGUCGUCUCUGCACAAUGCUCGAACACUCGUGGUCCUUUGCGCUAUAUUUGCACUUUCGUUUUGCCUUCGUUCGAUCGCGCACGUAUCUUUGUAUACGAAAACCCACGUCAUUUGUGACCGCUGACCACUCACGCCCCUGCACGGACACUACUUACGAUAUCAACACGCCCGUGCUAGCCUGCAUAGCGGCGUCCUACGCUUACCAUCGACGGCGCUGCAGCCUAGCGUGUAAUAAUUCUCACAGUGUACUGGACCGGUAGAAAAACUAUCUCCUAAUAGAAUCCAUGCGCGCUCUGGCCGCGAUGAUCGCCUGUCGUACCUCGUUUUGCUCCAUCGUCGCCAAUACGUCCUCCCCGAUGUCUUGCCUGACCGCGUCCAUGACCUGCUUGACCUCCCUCCAGUCGCGCGCGACGUCCAUGCCGAGGACGUCCGCCGUGACGUGUCCUGUGAACGUCUGCUUGAGCCUGGCCCGGCGUUCGUUAUCGCGCACGACGGCGUAGUAAGCCUCGCGCCGUCCAAAGCGGUCGAGGGCUUCCUCCACGACGGCUUGCGCAUCCGGCAGGGGCGGGCGGCCAACCCAUGCGCCGCUGUCCCGAAGUUGCUUCGCCCACUCCUGGAAGGCGUAGAACAUCGCGCGCUCGCGCUUCACCUUUUGCCGGUGGGCGGGGUCCGGCACGCGCCGCGGGUCGAAGAAGCGGGAGGAGGCGAUCCAGGCGAACACGUCCCGCUGCGUCGCGAAGCCGGCGCGCCAGCGGUCGAGGGAGAGACCGAAGAAGGGGAGUAUGGCGUCGAAGGACGUCGAGAGCGGGAAGGAGCGCGGGUGCGUGGCAGGCGCUUCGGCGUUGCUUGCCUUGAGACCGGACGUGCCCAUGGCGAGGCCGACGGUGCGCGCGAUGAUGCCGAGGAUCAUACCCAGAUCGCCGUAGGAAUGGAAGAAGAGGAUGCGCCGGAACUCGUCUUCGUCCGCGCAGACGUGGACGUCGACCUGGCAGAACGCGUCGCGCUCGGCGGUCCAGUCGGCGCGCAGGGCGUAGUUGGAGGUCCGGUUCUCUGGCAUGGGGAGGUAAUGUGCGGCGCCGAGCAGGUCGCGCACGUCUUCCGGGGUCGGGGGCGUGGAGGCAUUGAUGGGGCCAGCGACGAGGAAGUCGACGUCGCCGUGAUCAGGUUUCUCGGGGGCUUCGGCUGGUGUCCCGACGAGCUUGUAGAUGCGCGCGAGACGGGGCCGGAGGGAGGCGAGAAGGGCUUGGUAGUGCACCGGGAGUAUUCUGGGGAAUAGCAAUUCAGGAUGACUCUGGGAGAAGGCUUUGCCACCCAUAACUGUGGAUCAGGGAAGUGACGCGGUCGGUGGUAACCGCUGGUGAGGGAUUUGAAAGGGUUGAAGUAUGCGAGCCAACAGGCAUAGCUCUCGAGUCAUUGCUGCUAAAGCACAGCGAAGAGUCGAUAUCGCGGCAAAGGAAGUGGGCAAAGGCACGUCGUAUUGGCCAGGAAGGCGGGUGCCCACAGCCCCUUGUAGUGCAAGCACAGGUUUGGUUACAGCAACGUCGAACGCGAGUCAUGGCCUUCCGGCCAACGUGUGUAUGCGUGCUCCGGAGGACGAUAGAUCUCCCGUCCUGGACAGCAGAAAGCCUAGCGAGGAACUGUGGAACGCCCGCUCUUGUCCCACUGCUGCAUCUCCUGCGAUACCCAGCAGUCGGUGACGCCCGGGUCCUCGUACGUUUCGAGCUGCCGUCGCCCGCGACGCAUGAGGUGCUCGAUGGUGUUUACAUCUCGGGGUGUCACCGACUUUGCGUUCUGGUGGAAGGUGUAGCGCACGAACAGGUUGAACCUCGGGCGGGAUGACGGCGGCUUGGUCCUGACCAUUCGAAGGGCUCUUCUGUAUAGGGAUAGCACCUCCUUUUGUAAGCCUGAGAGCCUCGGCGACAUGGCCAGUAACCCG